UAAAACAAUCUUGAAAUUGAUCUGAAAUCUCGAAAUCAGGCUUCUGUUUUGAAUUACAAUUUUUCAUCCUCAAAAUAAUCAAAUACUUACUGAAAAAAAAAUGCUAUAAUGAACGUAACCUGAACCACAAAAUGAUCAUUUUUUCGGCAAUCCUACUUGUUUUUAUACUUAAGAAAGCAGUACACUGUCAACUUCACGAAACCACCUUGAGUAUGUUACCAGAGGACGUAUACAAAAGAUUAGAAGUUGUGCCCAAGUUGAUCCCACAAGCUCCUCAAGACUGGUGCGAUGUUCGAUUCCCAACCGGCACGAAAUUCGACAAAGGUGCCAUGGUGGCUGCCAAAGCGAUCAGAAGACGACCAACGGUAACCUGGAAGGGUGAGCCGGGAGCUUUAUACACGGUUUUCAUGUACGGGGUGAAUAAAUACAUCAACAAGAUCGUCAUGUUUGCUGAUUUGAUCUUGCAAGAUUUCUAUCUUCAUUGGAUAGUGGUAAAUGUGCCUGGAAAUCAACUCAGUGCCCCCGAGAAUAAAAUCACCUCCGGAAUCGAAUGGUUCGAAUUUCUCAAACCCUUGAUCCCUCCCUAUACAGUAACUCAUCGUUACGUUAUUCUGGUAUAUAAACAAGAUCAUCCCCUACCUGAAAAUGGGACAGCUAUUUACGACGAGGGUUUUGCAGAUUUCCCAUCACAUGAAGUAUUCGUUCACAAUGAAACUCUCGGUGAACCGGUUUGCGGUAAUUUAUGCAUAAUUCGUACUUGAAAGAGAAUUUUUCAGAAAUUCCAGUUUCAUAUUGAAAAUUAUUUUGAGAUCAUGAGGCAUAACUAGAACCCAUUUUGUAUCGCUGUAAUUUUUUAAUUCGUGAUUUUUAUUAAAUAAAUGAGUUCACUCACCCUG